GUUACAUUCCUCGUGACUGUUAGGCGCUUAACCUUCAAGUCCUAUUUAUCAUAGUGACAGUGUAAAUUAGGGACAAACCUAAUGUUUAUUAUUAUUUCUAAGGUAUUAGAGACUGUAAAAUGAUUAGAAGGAUCAUUUACCACUCGACAGUUUGUUGUCAUCAGACGAACUUGUUGUGAAGUCGUGUAGACACGAUAAAAAUCCACAUUCUUUCAAUAGGUACUAUCACUUACUCAAUACUUUCAUAUUAUUUCUCUUUUUUGAGGGGGAUUGGCUAGAAAAAUUAGGUUGGGUGUGUAUAAUUCAUGCUGUUAUUCCCGUCAUUCGUCAUCAAAUUUAGUGGCUCAGGCUUAUAGGCUAAAAUCUCUGGGGUUUUAAAGUGCUGGGAGUUAAAUGGCGAACCCCUAUAUUUCCUAAAAAGAUAUGAAAGGUACUAGCGAUUUCGAUGGAGUUUUGUUCUCUGAGCUGGAUGGUUUGAACGCUGAGCUCUCAUCAUCAUUCUGAACGUCAUCAGCAACACAAACUUGAGUGAAGUGUUCGAAUUUCUCCACAUAUAACAGCCUGUCCUGUAGACCUCGACGCUGACUGGUCAUUGUUGACCUUUAACCUGUCAUUGCUUACUUUGUUUUGAUUGUAUCUCCCAUUGAUUUGAUCCUUGGUCCUAUAUUUGUCCGUAAUUUAUUUGACUUGUUAGUAAUUUGGAUAGGUUUCAGUGUGUUUGUUGACCACUAAUUGACUUGUGUACCAAGCUUCUAAAAAGUCUUUGGUCUUUUUAGAAUUACUUCAAUCCAAGGUCUCAACAUUUUCUAGUCGAAUGUGUGUCCACAUUCAUUGAUAAAAGCGAGGAUAUGUCAUUGCGUUUAACCGCUAACUAAUGUUCGUGCAGUGGGAAACGAGGAGGGCGUCCGCUUUAUCUGACGUGGUGUUUUCGCAGUUAGAGCAAUUUGUUUUGUAGAUGUUCGGUUUUUCUGUUGUCAUUUUGUCCUAUGGUUUGCAUAGGAUUAAUUGAAGUGAUUUUGCUGGUUUGUGUGCUGCACCUUUUCCAAAAGGUUUCAAUAAUCUUUUAGUUUCUGACAUGUCUUUUAUAUAUGGUAGGAUGUUCUGUUUGUUGGUUUCUGUAGUUGAUUUUGUUUGUGCUGAUGCAUUUGGUUGGUACUUUUUUUAUGUUGACUGGGUAGCCGUUCCUUUGGCCCCCAAAAGCCCUGGUAUGGCCGAGAGCGAGCAUUUCGAGAGGGGAGGCGGGCCUGCUGACCGAUUUGACAUAGCGUGCGUACGUUGAAGGCUUCAAUAUUUAGUUUGGAGCGAGGUUUCAGUAAACCCGGGACAGUGUUUUGAGCGCUAGAAUCGUUGGCCAUGGUGACACUUGAGGAGGAAGCCAAAAGAGAAAGUUUAGGGUUGAAAGUCGAUGUAGGAGGAAUUGAGGAGAGAAGUUUAUUACGAAUACAGUGGUCUUGAGUGCUGUUAGAGGUAUGAGGGCGGUUAUCACUUCCCGGUUGCUCACACCGUGGAAGGGUUCUUCUAGAGGUACCGGGCUUCCGAUAUAGUUGAGUCUUCAGUCCCCAUGUGUCGGUUCUGGUGAAUAAUAUAUCCAAGAAUGGUAUUUUGUUGUUUGAUUUCUGUUCCGUUGUGAAUUUGAUGUCAUCAAAGACGUUGUUGACCAGAUUAUGGGUGUUUCCCAGCUCGUCUUUUUUGACUAUGAUGAAUGUGUCGUCCACAUAACGAAUCCAAAAUUUUUGGCUUGAUCACUGGUAAGAUCGAGGCUUCCAGUUUCUAUAUCCCUGCUUCGGUCUGGGUAUCCGGGCAGUAUCACAGCCCAUACACAUAUCAAAAGACUUGUGGGGCGCAUAUCUAUUUGGUACCUUCUAUUACCAAUGUUUAUGUGUUUAAAUAAUAAUCUCCGCACCACUGAUUAUGCAAUAAGUCAUUAUAUUGAUGAUCCCAUCAGUGUUUCUUUCGUUUGUUCGUAGAUUUUGUUAUGAAAAUAUGUUAUUAAGCAUAAAUCGAUGAGUUCUAGUAAACUCUGACUUUGAAGCUUCGUGUACUUUGCGAGAUUUGUGUCGUUGGUGAGAAACAGGGAUAGAGUCUCCUUUGCUAAGCUUGGUUCAUUUGAGGUGAACAAGGCUGUUACAUAGAAGGAUAUCAUCAGUUCGUCGUUUAGGAUUUGAAUGUCCUUAGUCUGACUCAGGAAUUGUACGGGAGAUUUGAUGGAGUGACUAGAUGAAUCCACCAAAUGUCUCAAUAUUCGUGAGAUUUCUAUUGGCAAAUUGUAUGUCGGGGUUCCAGGGAGUGCUACGAUCGGACGUAGUGGGAUGUUUGAUUUGUGUAUUUUCGGCCUACCGUAGAAUCGAGGGAGUACUGGUCCAUUGGAUUUCAUUUUUUAUUGAUCUUGAUGUAAUAUUUUUCCUUCUUUGAUAAGCUCGUUUAAAGUCCUUGAGAUUUGGUUGCCUUAUCUUUUGACUGUAUUUGAGUUCGUCGGUUUGUAUACGCUUUUAUCUCCAAGUAGUUCCCCGGAUUUCCUGAUAUAUUCUUUCUUGUCCAUAAUCACUAGCGCGUUCUUUGUCCGCUGGAACUAUGACAACAUUUUAUCUAGUCCUGAGUUUCUUUAAAACCUUUUCUUGUGAAGUCCAUAGACAUAGAGUUCAUCAUUUGUGUGUGGGCUGUGAUAUUGCCCGGGAGCCCAAACCGAAGCAGGUGGUUAUCUUAGGGGGCCACACCCCGAGCCUUUGACCUAAAGGUCUAACCCACAAGGCAGUGGAGCAUCGUAAGGAGAUGCAAUCCCAUGGUAGCCGGUGACCGAAAAUUGGUUCAUACGCCAUUUGUUCCCACAGGAUACUGGUGCCCAUGUGCACCAUUGGUUUGGAAUCCGGUUAAAGCGCCGGACAUCCGCUUUUCGUCCUCUCAUUUUCGUAAACAACACCCCCGUCACGAGAAGUCAGUGAGUAGAACUUCCCUGGCAGAGGCUGUAUACGCGUGGCCGUGUGAGAGCAUUUCGAGAGGGGAGGCGGGCCUGCUGACCGAUUUGACAUAGCGUGCGUACGUUGAAGGCCUCAAUAUUUAGUUUGGAGCGAGGUACAGUAAACCCGGGACAGUGUUUUGAGCACUAGAAUCGUUGGCCAUGGUGACACUUGAGGAGGAAGCCAAAAGAGAAAGUUUAGGGUUGAAAGUCGAUGUAGGAGGAAUUGAAGAGAGAAGUUUAUUACGAAUACAGUGGUCUUGAGUGCUGUUAGAGGUAUGAGGGCGGUUAUCACUUCCCGGUUGCUCACACCGUGGAAGGGUUCUUCUAGAGGUAUCGGGCUUCCGAUAUAGUUGAGUCUUCAGUUCCCAUGUGUCGGUUCUGGUGAAUAAUAUAUCCAAGAAUGGUAUUUUGUUGUUUGAUUUCUGUUCCGUUGUGAAUUUGAUGUCAUCAAAGACGUUGUUGACCAAAUUAUGGGUGUUUCCCAGCUCGUCUUUUUUGACUAUGAUGAAUGUGUCGUCCACAUAACGAAUCCAAAAUUUUUGGCUUGAUCACUGGUAAGAUCGAGGCUCCCAGUUUCUAUAUCCCUGCUUCGGUCUGGGUAUCCAAGCAGUAUCACAGCCCAUACACAUAUCAAAAGACUUGUGGGGCGCAUAUCUAUUUGGUACCUUCUAUUACCAAUGUUUAUGUGUUUAAAUAAUAAUCUCCGCACCACUGAUUAUGCAAUAAGUCAUUAUAUUGAUGAUCCCAUCAGUGUUUCUUUCGUUUGUUCGUAGAUUUUGUUAUGAAAAUAUGUUAUUAAGCAUAAAUCGAUGAGUUCUAGUAAACUCUGACUUUGAAGCUUCGUGUACUUUGCGAGAUUUGUGUCGUUGGUGAGAAACAGGGAUAGAGUCUCCUUUGCUAAGCUUGGUUCAAUUGAGGUGAACAAGGCUGUUACGUAGAAGGAUAUCAUCAGUUCGUCGUUUAGGAUUUGAAUGUCCUUAAUCUGACUCAGGAAUUGUACGGGAGAUUUGAUGGAGUGACUAGAUGAAUCCACCAAAUGUCUCAAUAUUCGUGAGAUUUCUAUUGGCAAAUUGUAUGUCGGGGUUCCAGGGAGUGCUACGAUCGGACGUAGUGGGAUGUUUGAUUUGUGUAUUUUCGGCCUACCGUAGAAUCGAGGGAGUACUGGUCCAUUGGAUUUCAUUUUUUAUUGAUCUUGAUGUAAUAUUUUUCCUUCUUUGAUAAGCUCGUUUAAAGUCCUUGAGAUUUGGUUGCCUUAUCUUUUGACUGUAUUUGAGUUCGUCGGUUUGUAUACGCUUUUAUCUCCAAGUAGUUCCCCGGAUUUCCUGAUAUAUUCUUUCUUGUCCAUAAUCACUAGCGCGUUCUUUGUCCGCUGGAACUAUGACAAUAUUUUAUCUAGUCCUGAGUUUCUUUAAAACCUUUUGUUCUUGUGAAGUCAGUUGGGUGUUGUCUUUCUUCCAUUGGGUUAGCGGUACUAUGGUUUGUCUUAUUUCCUGUUGAGUUCCUUCACUUAUUCCGGCAGUUUUGAGUGAUGACUCUAAUGUGGCGAAGAGUUCUAGUGUUGAGGCGUCACUUGUAUUUUAAACCUUCUUGGAGUAUGUACUCUUAUAUCCUGGUGAUAAACAUGCGAGUUAGUCGAGUGAGACGCAAGCACGUAUAGACUGGGUUUUGCUAAUAUAACAUCGCGACUAGGUCAUGCUCUGUGACCUAAAGGUGAUUUUUAUUUUUUGUAAACAAGUGGUAUCGCUGCUCCUAAAAGUAUUAAACAAAAUAGUAAAUUAAUAUAUUUGUAAUAUCCCAAUGAGUAGAAAAAUUAAAUUUUCUGACGUUUCGUGACUCGGUGUAAGCCACCUUUUCAGAGUAUAAUUUUUCUACUCAUUGGGAUGUUACAAAUAUAUAAAUAUAUUUAUAACAAUCUACCUAAUGCUCAAUUUAUUCAAAAUUAUCAAGUCAAACCCUGGUAAUGAUACCUGAAAAAAUAGUAAAGUGACCAACAUAUCUGUAGAUAUGUGGUAGCUAGCUGAUCAAAGUGACCUACAUCCAAAAUUCUUUCGCACUAUCUUAUUUCAGUGCUUUCCUAGUUCGGCGAUAUAAUAUGCGUAUGUAAUUCUAGUUUUUUUUUCUGAAGCUUUACUUGUAUGAUUAACUUUUUAUCCAGACAUUUAAAUAUCCAUUUUCCCACACUUCAGAAGUUUCGCAGUAGUAGUAGCAGCAACAGUUUCUUACAAUAUAUUACUAAUUACCAUUAAGUUACUUCGUCUCUCAAGUUUAACAUCUCACUACUGUCGAAGUUUGACAGUGCGACUACCGUCAAUGAAGACAGAGCAUAUUUUCAUUCCACAAUUUAAUCCUGUCGUCGGAAGAAUGCAGUGGAAAGAUGUGGAUCCAGAUUAUGAAUUUAACCAAGAAAUAGCUCGAUCUGGAUAUGGUGAUAUGCUUCAUGAUUCCGAUCGAAAUCAUAAGUAUCGAUUAGCUAUCGAACACACCAUUAAACGUCUUAAACAGCAGUAUCCACAAAAUCCUGUCCAUGUGCUCGAUAUUGGAACUGGAACUGGUUUACUGAGUAUGAUGGCUGUUAAUGCUGGAGCUGAUUUAGUUACUGCCUGUGAAUCCUUUAUUCCAAUGGCAACGUGCGCACUUAAUAUAUUACGGAACAAUGGGUUUAGUGACAAAAUUAACAUCAUACCGAAACGCUCCACUGAUUUAAUUGUUGGAGUAGAUAUGCCGUGCAAAGCUAACGUGUUGGUUGCAGAAUUAUUUGAUACCGAAUUAAUUGGUGAAGGUGCCUUAGAAACAUACAGACACGCAGCCGAGCACUUACUGACACUCGAUGCUUCUCUUAUUCCAUGUGCUGCUCAGGUUUAUUUACAGGUUGUUGAAUCUCAAUUUCUUUGGUCUCACCAUCGCUUAUUUCCAUUUCAAUAUAAAAUUGGUGAUACGACUAUAGAUAUAAAAGAGUUUCAGCAUGCAGAAAUCGAAUCAUGCUCAGGACUUCCAUCAACAUUUGAUAUUCAAGUAUCGGAGAUUCAAUUAGAAGAUAGUCAAUUAAUUUCAUGUGAUAGGCAGUUACGCUGUCUUUUGAAGAGUCCUCGAUUGGUUAAACGAUUUAACUUUGGACCGCCUGCAGAUCUUAUUAAAUUAAACGACGUGUUAGAUUUAGAAUGUACUACUUUUGAGUCUGGUACAGCGCAUGCAUUCAUUGUGUGGUGGUCUUUACAAAUGGAGCCUACAAACUCAGUUCCACCAAUCAGUGUUGCGCCCACUUGGGCAGGAGAUCCUAAUUCUGCUUGGCGAGAUCAUUGGAUGCAAGCGGUGUACUUUCCCAAGAUUGCUCACUAUUUAAUCAAAAAUGAGUCGUUUAUGGUCAGAUAUCUUCAUGAUUCAUUGUCCAUGCGAUUCGACAUAUUUCCUGUACCUAAUUUUAAUGCUAAACCUGAUACUUCUUCACUUGAUGUCCGAAAUGAAAUGUCCUGCUUAUCAUGCUCAUGUGAUCUUCAUCGUGUAUGGCCUCGAACGCGCAUUUCUGAGUUGAAUUCGUCGGAUUACAAAACAUUUUCCACUAAAAUCAUUAAUUCACUUAUUACGGUAUCACAAAAAUACCCAACUUCAUUAUUUAAUGUAUUAGUGGUAUCAGAUUGUACAUAUUUACCUUUUUUACUCGGAAAAAGUGUAGCAAAACAUGCAAAGCAGUUUCAAUUAGUCCAUUUGGAUACAUCACCAUCAUCGUGUUUACUUUUAGAUCGUAUUUAUAAGUCGUUUUCAUCGUCCCGGGCGAUUAUAGAGAGUUGCCAAUCGAUUGAGGAAGUUUUCUCAAGAAUGACUCCUAACAUGUUCACAAAAACUAAUCCGACUGAAUCAACUUUAAUUUUGAUCAGUGAACCGUACAUAAGUUCAUCAAUACUUCCUUGGGAUUCUUUAUACUUUUGGUAUGCCUUUCAGAACUUGCUUUCACAUAACCCAGCUUAUUCAUCUUUGUAUUUAUUUAGCCCUGUUAGACUGCGCAUCUAUGCUAUUUUGGUUGACUUCAAAAAUCUUUGGCGCAUUCGUUCGCCAGUUGGAUUCACUUGUGAAUCUUUUGAUCUACGCCCAUUCGAUGAUUUAGUUUUAGAUGCAUCGGCUAAAAGUGAUGAGUUAAUUGAACCACAUCCUCUGUGGGAAUAUCCUAAUACGGCUAGAUCCGAUGCUUGUGUCAUUUUUGAUAUGGUUCUACCAAACAGUUCCGAAUUAGGUUCAGAUUUCCAGUAUGCUGAUUCUAAAAAGUUAAUUCAUUGCAAACAAAACACUUUAACUACAUCAUCCUCAUCUGUUAAUGGUAUAGCAUUGUGGUGUGAAUGGCUCUAUAAUACCCCUGCUACACACCAUUCCAACGAAACUUGGUGGUAUGCACCAGCUGGUCCCAACAAAAUUACAACUUUAAAUGAGCCUAUUUCUUGGAAAUCUCGUGGAACACAACAGGGUGUUUUUCUUUUUCCGUCGGAAUGGAAGGCAAAAAUUUCAUCGAAUGAUUUACUACGAAUUUCUGCAUGUAUGGAUUUUGAUAUUUCGACAGGAGUUUUGUCCCCGUCAUUUAAAAUAAUAUAAAGAUUCCUUACCUUUUUUUCUUAUCUUGUCAUAUUUUGCUAUUUUUCGGUUAAAAUCAAACAAUUUUUAUACAAAUAAGAAGUCUUCCUUAGAUCUCCCUAUCUUACUCUUAUAAGAUGGCCGAAAAUUUUGCUGUAAAUAUUCAAAAUCAUGAAUAACUAUCUAGUCAGUGACCUAUUGUUUCUUCUGAUUCACAGUCGAUCAUAUCAAAAUUGACACCAAAUCUUGUUUAUUUUACUUCCCUCUUGCAUAUAAAUCGACAUCUCAUUGACCUUAUUAGUAAUUUCCUACCCACUUGUUCUAUUUUGCUUUAUUCAUUUAGCAAGGCUUCGUGAUCGGUUGCUACUCAAUCUCAACAAAUCUUAAUGUGCAGAUUCAUUAAACAGUUCACAGUACUCACGUAGACGUAAUCAGUAUAAGAUUUAGCACAAAUGUUAGUUGUUACGAAUUACCGUCCAAAAAGAGAGAGAAAAUCACCGACAGUAAUCCUAAAAUGUAAGGAGAAAUAAGCGAAUAAAAACUGUUAUUGAGGAGGUUUUUGCUGAGAGGAAAUUCUCAUUUGUUAAUAUCAAUGUGUAAAAUGGUAAUUGGUAGGUGAAUGCAACAAUACGGUAUGGCUUAUUGUUAGCUACUUAAGAGAGCGUAUUAUUUGACCGAAUUCCCCGAACGAUUAGAAAUCAUAGACAAGAACAUCAACUACGUGGAUACAUUUUUCUGUGUAGCGAAGUAACUUGUCUGUAUAUAGGAUAUGAACAGAAAAUAAACAUAAUCAAUCUAUCAUAGGUGAUUAACGUAAAUAAGCUUGUAAGUAAUUCAUUCUCCAAAUAAUCAAGAACUGACUGUUAGGUCUAGUCCUCAGGCAGCAUAUCAAUUAUCUGGUGCAGUGUUAAAAUUAGAGGAAGAUGAAUAAUUUUAAUGCUAGUUUUGCAUCAUCAUCGACUACAAUCCUUAGUGUAACUUAAUCAGCUGUUUGACUUCUAAAAGUGUUAUUAUGUUUACAGUAAAUUAAGUUGAAAAAUAUUCUGGAUUUCUGUAAACUUUCUUAAGAGAUUUAACUUAAUUAUGAAGAGUCGCUACCUUCAUACAACCAGAUUGCCUGAUAAAUUUAAACAGAACAAGAACAACCAGGUUUGCUUUAUAAAAUAAAUUGAUUCUAUCAAGGUUUCUCAUCAGCUAUAUACAACCUAAAAUCACAAUUAUUAAUAUGAUUAUUAACAUACUUAAGUUUGUGAAGUUUAAAUAAAUGUUGCUACCUUAAUUGCAGUAUAUCUAGUUACUUAUUUAAGCCACCAACAUGAUUCAUUUCUCUGCCUUCCCAGUAUUUAAGGCAAUAAGUUAAGUGAUCGAAACAUUACUAGAUCAAAAAGAACUGUUGGGAGUUUCUUAAUAAUGUUUACUCGCUAUCGAAAAAUACUCAUCUAUCUAUCCCUAUCUAGAAACUACUUUCGUUGAUAAUUAUUCAACCUGAAUCGUUAGAUCACAGUAUAAAUCCUAUACCUAUAUAACUUCAUUAGAUUUUUUAAGUGUUGGAUAACCUGAUUAUAAGGAGAGAUGGGUAGUAACUAACAGUAGGACGCAGGAUGUGCGUUUCAUCCUAUUUGGGACUCCACCUGGGUUUACUUCCGUCUCAGAUUUGAUGUUCACUACGGGACAAGAAUUUAGUACUAUUCGCUCCAAACACCGUCAUGUUAUUCACUUAGAUACUGAG